ACUGGUUUCCCGGGUCGUUUGAACCUAGUUUGCUACACUGCGAACGGAUGUCGAGCAGACAUGAUAGAGACAGAAAAGGCACUGUAGAUGAUGAAGGUAUUGCUAGUUGUGUGACAGAAUAUGUAAACAUUGACAGUACACCUCGGUCUCAAGUUAUACCAAGUGGUCAGUCACAAUUAUCUACUCAACCUCCGCUGUGUCCACAAAUUUCCCGCGACCUGAAUAACAAUUGCGGUGAUGCUUGUUCAACUAAAAAUAUUGACUUCAAAAGUCAUGGAGAGUCUGUAAGUGAAGAUCUCUCGAAGUGUUUUAUAUUUUCAAUUAUGCCACAAGUUGGAAACAAACAAAUAUUUGGAGAUAAUUGUAGGACUUCACAUUCAGUUAAACGUCCUUCUGAAUCAAGCUGUUUAAUUUCAAACUCUUCUGCGAAGCGCAAUUGCUGUCCUGUUGGGCAAGAUGAAUGUGAAGAACAGUCUCAUGAGCCCUCGACAUCGAAUAAUCACUGUGACAGUCUAGGUUCUCGUGGUUUCGACUUAUCGUCGGAAAUCAGAAUAGCAGCACGAAGAUCAGAAAGCCAUUCUUUACCUUUGGCUCACAAUUUAACAUAUGCACUCGGUGUAAUAAAUGAACUUCCAGAUGGUGCACUAAAACUAAAAGAGAAUAAAUACCGGUCUGAACGUAGAUCUCCUGUUUAUUAUGAAGCUCAUUCAUUGUCGAUGGCCGAAAUAGAACAAGCUAAAAAGUUAGAAAAGGACGAGAAUCUUAUUCCGUUUUUUUCCCCUCUCAGUAAAUCUCGCGCUCCUUCUUCAGCUGUUUCCCCAGAGUCUUCUUAUGGCAACUCUGUAGUUUCAAUUUCAAAACGGAAUAGCAUUUUUAUUGGUUCCGCUGCACAACGUUCCCGUGAUGUUAACAGAGACAGUUGUCUUAUUCAGGAAGCUGUUGAUAGCUCUGGUAUUUAUAUACCCGGAGUAGACCUACUCAUAGACGACUCUGAAUGUGAGCCCAUCGACCUUAUAUCUAGGUUCAGCAGAACUCCGAUUUCUUCGCCCAAAAUAGUAGACCCCGGUAGCACGAUAUCAUGUGCUCUUGCUGGACCUCUCUCUUCGUCUCAUAUCUUCAACCAGCUAGAUUCCAAUCUUGCACAAAGGUAUAUCACUAAUUUAUUUUUUUAUUUCCAAGGCUGAUAAACUACCAACUUAAUACUCCAAUAAAUAAAUGAGCUUUCUUAACGAACAAUGAAUUUCACGACCACAUACUCUGGGAAAAAUGCUUUUUGGAAAAUAAAAUACCACAAGAUUGUUUUAUCACAAAGUAGUAACUUUAAUCGUCGUGCGUGGUGAUUUAUAUGGCUUAGAUGAUUUCAAUUAUAUAUGUAAUUCCUUAUAUUAUAAAAAUUAUAAGCAGAAUUUCCUUCACCAAAAAUGUUGACUCUUUUUCCCAUCGAGUUUUGUCUUAAAUAGUGUCCAAAAGCUAGCUGACUCAGAGUACUAAUGAAAUUCACCAAACUUAUAAUGUUGUUGUGUUAAACUACUGGUUUAAAUUAGUUGAGUUAUUUUAUAGUUUCUAAUGUGUAGUUCGUUUACAACAUCUUCAAACCAAGUUGUUUACUGAAAAUGUGAUGAUUUCUAACCUAAUAAAAGUCUGAGACCACAUAAAUAUGUUUUUAUUAUACAUCAAGACUUAUCAACAUUGUCUAUCAAGUAAUGCACAUUUUAACAAUAGUACUUUUGAAACCUAGGUUGAUAAAUUUUAUCCACUACCAUGAAAUUUGUGUAGCCACUAGUAUUAUCUAAUACUAGCAUUAUGCUAGAGUAGAUUUGUCCGUCCGUCUAUAUCUUAAAACUUGUAUAUUUUGGAGUAAAUUUGUUGGAAUUACCAUGUUUUUAGAUUACGUACUGUUAAUGAGGUGCUUUCAUAAAAUUACAAGUGGCUUACUGAUGAGUCAUGAUUUAUGUUAAAUCCUGAGACAUCUAAGUAAUGUCAUGUUAUCAAUGAAGUAGAUAUUUCCCUACCAAAUGACUAACUGAUUACCUUAAUCAAAAUUAGUUUUGGUUUUACCAAUAAGUUCAACUGUCAAACAAACUUGUUCUUCUCGUAAAUACAUUGAGAUUCUUGACGAAUUUUUUCUCAAAGGCUGAAGCGUAUUUUUUGGAUGUUCACUGACGGUCUUUAUAUAAUUCUUUUAUGUAUCUGAAUUUUCAUGAAGAUAUUCAGAAAUGCUAUUGUGUAAAUGCUUAAAUCUACUAUUAGGUAUUCAACCGAAGCUUUCCUUUUUUAUCUGGUUGUUCUUGAUAUUCAGUACUUCUUUUGUUUGCCUUAAAAAAGACGCACAUCUUCGGCUGCUACAUCAUCGCUGAGUGCUGUUUCUGCCGGAAUGGAAUUGAGUAAGGCUACGAAGGUAGGUGAUUUCUAGAAGCUAUUGUUUUUAUUUAAACUUCGUAUAAUACCUUAGUUUUCAAUGGUCAUGAGUUUUGAAUUCGAAUAUAAUCAAAAUUGGCAUGACUUUUGUGGCAACACAAGUUUAUCUGAGCACUACGAGCAAUAACCUAGAGGAUUCCCAAUCUGUUUGCUACCGAUUUCUUUAAAAACAUUCUAGCGUUGGCUUUACCUGAAAUUCCUUCAGUGGUUCAAGACAAACUACGUAUAAUUAUGGUCAACUAAAGGUAAAGCCUAGAGGAACUCCUAGACAAUCUUUUGAUGAAAUGUAACCUAUCGUUAUUUUUAUUGCGCUUAUUGUGACAUGUUUCUUGCUAAGUGAGGUAAUUUAGACCAUCAUAAAAGCGCUGUUACAUGAAAACAUUCCAACACUAAAACAUCCUAACCAUAUGUUCGGAUUACUGAUGUUUUGUUUAGUCAGUUAAUUUGUUUUCAAGACACGCCUGCUUCAGUCUGGGCACCUGGGCAGUAUCACAGCCCUCACACAAAUCAAGUGAGAUUUGUGAGGCGCAUAUUUAUCUGGUGCUUCCUUGUACCAAUAUUUAUGUGUCUAAAUAAAUAAAUAAAAUUUCAAGACACGGGGUAAAGAGAUGAUUAGGGGGAUGUUCUGCACUUGCCGUAUUUAAGGCAAGCAUCAUAAGAAAGUAAUCAAUUGUAUAAACCGUGCUAAGUUUCUGGAAAAUAUUUUUUCAUAGAAAAUGCUUUACAAAAGUUUCCAGUAAAUCUUAAAGAAUUUUUCAAAUCGUGUGUAUUACUGCAUCAAAAUAUUCUGUAUAUAGCCAGCAAAAUAAAUAUUACACUAUUGAGUAGAAUAUUUAUUAGCUACCCCAAGUUUUAUUUUAAGUUUUUACUACAUAUUAUGUUCGAAGGCAUUCUGUUUUUUGGAUAACUCCAGGAGCGUUGCGCACAGUUAAGGCAACGUCGGCGAGCACAACCAACCGAAAGACAACCACUACCUGCUUUGCAUCUGCACUUGUCAAAAGAUGGCACAAGUCCCCUGCCUCCAGGGUGGCAAAGAGCACCAAAUACUAAGCGUUCGACAGAAGGGCAAGAUUCAGGGGAUAGUUCUGGCACAUAUGCUUAUUAUUAUUACCAUGUCCGAACUCGUCAAACUAGAUGGGAUCCACCUGUUUACCCAUGGGACGCCGAUCCUACGGAUACCCUUCUUGGGGAAACUGGAGAGGAUGACCCAGAAGCCCCCUAUAAUUGGGGAUGUGCGUCGCGAUUCGCCGUUACACACGAAGAAAUUGAAGCUGUAAGUCCUGCUAUUAUGUUUAUUGUGUUACUGUGUACGGUUUUAUUCAUUCUGCAAAUACUAUUCAAUGUAGUUCAUAGCAUUGAAUUAAGUCUGUCGUACUUUAUUCACCAUUCUCCAACUACAACUCGGUAAACAAGUUCAUUUUCUCGCCCUGGAGCACCUUCAAAAUCGUAUGACUUCGAAUGUUGCUUCUAAUGUCUCAUGACCUAAACCUGAAUUGUUCUUAAUUUACAUCCGAAUUCUUUUUCCUCUUGUCCUUAUUUCAAUGGUGUUGAAAAGUGAAACGAUAAACUGAAGUUUGUUCUAUGUUAAAAUGUCUGUGUAUAAUUCUCAAAUUCAUUCUUAUCCACAAGUAGAAUUCUUUAAAACUAUAUGUUCUGCUGUACAAAAACCAAUAAUUUCCAAACUGAACUUAUGUUACAGAUGUAUAACCGCGUGCGUCAACGAAUAUUGGAACGUCAGUGCAUUGAUCUUCUGCAUGAAUUGGCAGGCAGACCAGAUGCUCCUCAGGAUGUAACUGAACAAGGCUUUGCCAUGGAAGUCAGUCCUUUUAUUUUUUCAUGUGUUGCUUUUCUUGUGAAUUAAACACUCCGAAUGUUUAAUCAGAGAAGUACGAGUAAUUAAAAUAAAGUGUUUCAUCCAUUUGGAGUAACAUUUUAGGGAAGGUCAGGCUAUGAAGACCGUAUUACAUGUAUAAAAAGAAUCCACUGAUGUAGUGUACAUGUGUAAAAUAGCCUCAUCAUUACAACCUAGAUUCAAGAACCGUUGAAUAUAUAUGAUAGCUUUAUCCAAACACCUAGAUUACUAUGGACUACAGCUUGUCGUGCGAACUUGUGCUUAAACUGCAUUUACAUUUCAUAAACUUUAUGAGGAUUCUCGUAACUAUCGGCUAAAAAAUCUGUUUACAUUCCACAUAUAGAAUCGGGCGACUUAUUUCGAUAACUAGUAUAAUCGGCUUUUUAAAAAUACAUUAAAGAUGUUGCAACUGGCUAGAUGAAAACUACAAUAUUUUUAUUUCAGUUAUUCACUUUGGUUCACAAUACGUUACGUGGCUUUCGUGAUGCUCGUUGUAAACUUGGUCGUAUUGUUAACGAUGAAGAUUUAUACUACUUAACAAAAAAGGUAGUUUAUUCACUUUUGCUGUAUACUAUUGCUCUCUACAAGAAUUUAGUUUCAUUCAAGUUCUUUUAAAUGGUCAAUCGUUAAGGAACUACUUUUUUAGAUUAUCCAUAGUUAGAAUAAACGUGUAGAGUCUUGUAUUGAAAUAAACCAAACUAGUGACCUUAGUAUAUUUUAACAUUAUGAAAUUACUGCUGAACUUACUAAGUCAUUCCCAUUUUUCCAGCUUGCUCAGGCCGUAAUCCUAAAAGAAAUACAGAAGUUUCAUCAAACCCAGGCAGCGAACACUUCUUUAUUUUCAACUGUUCUUACUCCGGAACUGCCUUCGACUGUGCGAUCAAGAGUUACUACUUAUGUUAGGCGAUACAUGGAGUCUAAGGGAGCAUUCUAUCGUCGCCGAGUUCAGCUUAUACCUGCAACGGGUAUUUCUCGUCCGGAACAAACAACUCAUAUAAAACCAGACCCUGCUAUUCUUAAGCCAUCUGUCAACUGUAGUACGCGUUCUCGACCUGUAACACACCCUCAAAAUCUCAGCACUGUGUCUCACCAUACAAAUUAUGUAGACAAUGCUUUUUCGCAAUCUGCUACCCCGAUUAAUACUACUGCAGUUAUUCCAACGCGCCGCUAACAGCUCAAACAAAAGUAUUGCUUCCGUCAAUAAUAUCUGUAACUGUAUAUUUUCAGAGGGUUUCUUUGUUCAAGUUGCUACUGUGGAUUUUCUAUCUAUUCGUUGUUUAUAUUUAAUUUCCCUGCCAUAGCGGUGAAGUUUAAAACAGGUGUUAUCACCGCAUAUGUUAUCGUCCUGCCCUACAUGAAAGUGGUUAUGUCGGAUACUCGACAAUUACUUUGCUGUUUAAAUAUGGGAAUUAUUAAUUUUCAUUUGUCUUUUGUAAAUAAACUUACAGACUGAUUCCUUUGCAAUGUUAUUUGUCCCCAAGUCUAUGUCCGUAUGCUUUUAUUACUCAGUAAUCUCAUCAAGUAUGUAAUUUUCCUGUUUUAUAACUUUUGCAUGUAUUUAACGAGAAAUGCAACGGCAGGUGUGAUACAUAGGUGUUAAUAUGAGAUUUGCACUAUUGAUUUGUAAUAAAAUUGUAAUGAGAAUCU